AUGCCUCCUCGCACCAAUUCGACUCCUACCAAGAACCAUGGUCGUACUGCUGGCCAAAAGUCAAUCAAGUCUGAUAAGAUGGUCGCUGACUCUGAUGUUGAGAUGGAUGAGACCUCACCUGCAAAGCAGAAGAUAACUGCAGUAAAGUCAACUCCCAAAGCUGUAGUGCUUAUGCCUCGUAAUGUGAAGGCCAAAAACAUGGUGGACUAUAGUGAUGAGGAUACAGUAACAAGGGAGAAGGCAAUCACGAUGCCUCGCAAAGGUGGUAAGAACAAGCAGACCAUAGACAACAGCGAUGAGGAUAUGGCUGUGAGUUCUCCUCGUAAAGCUGGUAAGUAUCAGAAGGUCAUUGAAAGCAGCGAUGAUGAAACCAAUCUUGCUUCAUGCGUGUCCGGUCGUACCGCUGCCAAGAUCGCUAGUGCUAAGCUGAAGGACGUAUUCAUGGACAAUGACUCCGAUACCGAGCAGUCUUUGGAGAGUGAUGCGGCCCUACCAAUCAAUGAACCCGAAAUUACCGAGACUCCAAAGAAAAAGGCGAAUAAGGCAUUCAUUCUUUUGCCAACUCCCAUUAGUCCUUCGCCCAACAAAGGAAAGGCGACUCAUACACCUAUCAAGCGAGUUUAUGUCAGUGAUUCUGACAAGGAUGCACAGCCAGAACAAUCUUCCCCUGUGAAGAAAGGUCGUAACAGGCAGAGUAAGCUUGACUCUGAAGCAGAAGCAUCGACAAAGCAAUCCAAGCUUGAUCAUUAUGAUGUAAUGAUCCUGCUGCGCCUUGCCAUGAUGAAGAUGUCAGAGCAGGAGAGACAAGAUUUCUGCUUGCAAGUAAAGCAAUAUGAUCCUAGAGACCGCAACAUCUGCUUGUCUCCAACCAAAUUCGCCAGUGGAUCAAAAGGCAAGACGGAGGAUGUUCUCAUUCAUCAGCCUUCAUGCUCGGACGUUCAGAAACUGUUGCCCUCUAAAGCAAUCAUGAAGGAUGGAAAGAUGGAGAUCAAUAACGAAGAUACUGACGAAGGAGAGGAAAAUUUUGAGUACCAGGUCACAUCCAUAACCUUGAUGGAUCCGAUUCUUCUCAAGGCUGAUGCCUACGAGACUUUGCCUCCCUUCUGA